UGGUCUAGAUCUACGCCUGCCUUUGUAUCCUGCUCGUGAAGCUGGCUGAUUUGGUGACACGGUCAUCAGAUGACCGAACCACUUCAUUCUUUGAUGUUCCUAUUUCCAUAACUGGUUUAUUCUCUGUCAAAUUUCGGACAGUUUUAACUCCUAACUAGCCUUUCGUCUUCCUGUUUUAUAUCGUAAGUCAGUGUUAGAAGGAAUAUUCUGUGAAUAUGUCUUUUUUACGAGCCCCCUCGACAUCCUAAGGAUACCACAGGAAGGAAUAGAUUACAAAAGUAAAGACAUUAUAGCCACCGCAGAUUUCCCAACAUGGCAUUCGAAACGUCAACCGAUGGUCUUAUAGUAGACGACGACGCUCUCAACAAUGUCACAGACACAGAGAGAAUGGCAUACCUCGCCGAACUGCAGGAGUACACGACACGAAUUAUGCUUCCCACCAUCGUGCUCCUCGUCUGCUUCGCUGUGGUGGGCUUCUUUGGGAACAUUUUGGUUCUGAUUGUCUACUACCGGAAGGUCCGAGGAAAGUCGGCUCUGGUCUUCAUCAUGGCGAUCGCUGGGUUUGAUCUCUUUACCAAUAUGACGGCUAUUCCUGCUGAGAUCUACGCUAUGUUCCAUUUCUGGCACUUUGAUGCCGCGCACCUGUGCCGUGCCCGCUACUUCUCCACCUCGGUCACCAUUGUGUCCUCUGCCUGUCUUCUGCUCGUUUUCUCCGUCGACAGGUACCGAAAAAUAUGCCGUCCGUUUGGCAGGCAACUGACUGUGAGACAGGCUAAGGUUCUGUGCGUCUCCAUCACCGUGUUCUCGUCAGUUGCCAGCGUCCCAGUCCUCGUGCUGUUCGGAACUAUGACAAGACCGACCCAUCGUCCAGACAUCGUCGGUAACCAGUGCUCUAUAGACGACAGUUUCAUAAAUACCAUCUGGCCGACGGUCUACAUGGGUUUCCUGCUCUUCCUUUUCCUGUCCUGCUUCAUCCCUCUAGUCGUUUUGAACGUCCUGGUCCUUAUUGCAGCUUGCGGUCGCGGAAGAGUGCGCGUGUUUUCCAUUUCGUCCCCUGCGCAUUUACACGACAAUUCUGAAAACAAUUCUCAAUCAAGUACUACGAGCCCAGAGACAUGCGAUAAUGCAAGUAAGGCGAGAAAUGAAUCUCCGAGCACAAGCAAAGAGGGCAGUGCUUUUAGAAGUAGGCUAAUGGGCAGAGUAGCAUCGCAAACAGGGGAAAUGGGGAUGGUUUUUUCACGUGAAAAUGACGGGUCGGAUAAAAUCGGAGAAGGGAAACUCUGUGGUGCAACAGAAGACACGAGUGACCGUAAACCUAAAGCAACGGACUUUUGUUGUAGUGAGCACAGGAAAACGAAACAGGUCUCAGUGCCAUCUGCUAAAAUGGUUUCAUUCAUUCAGACAUCAGCUCAAGAAGACUGCAUUCGUCCUGAUCCUAAUUCCACAAAUGCAGAGAAAGAUAAAGGACAAAUCACUGCCGUCAUCCCUGGAACUAGCAAGGAACAGAACAUCAAAAAGAAGAAUCCGGCUGGUGAAAAAACUGACAUGUCUGUCACAAAUCCUAAUAGGAAAUUAAAACCAAGAAUCCUCCAAAUCCUGACUUCUGAGGCCAAAAAGAAAUCGCCUGCAUCUACUUUAGGUCAACCCGCCCAAAGACACAGCAUUGGGAAGACGACCACUAAGCUUAUCAUCGUCAGCGCCGUCUACAUUAUCAGCUUCAUUCCUUUUUUUAGUGUAAUGCUCUUUUACCUCACCUCCGUGGCAAAGUUUAAAACCAUGGACGACGUGAGCCUGACUUUGUGUAACCUGUUCCUGAGGUUUUACUAUCUGAACAGUGCAGCCAAUCCGGUCAUUUACAGCUUAUGUGACGCCGUAUUCUGGCGUGACUGUCUGCAACUUUUGAAGUGCAAAGGGAAGGUUCGAAAUACACAAAACUAGUUUUACUGGAUUACUUUUCUUGUACUUAUUGAAUUGACAAGCACUGUAUCUAAGUACAGAAUACUAGUUAGUAACCUUUUGUCUGUCUGUUUGCUGAUGAGUUCAAAUACAAGGUGAUCCAAAAAAACAACUUUA